CUUCAGCUGAGACCAUAAUCGAUCUUAUUAUAUUCCUCUAUGUUCUCGUUCGUUCAUUCUGCUUGAUGAUCGGUAUUGUGGUCAAAGUUGUUGGGAUCUCGCUAUUCCUGGCACAUUCCAUUUUUGGGUUUGCUACAUCACUUUUAAUUGCAAUGUUCUCGGUCGCAAGCAUGUGUGUUAACGCGAUCAAUGGAGCUUUGUUUUGGUGUUUCAGCACUCAACAUUUCCAAGCAACAAAUCUGUUCAUUAACAGCCUCGGGGACUGGAUCUUGCGAUUGAGUUGGAUCUGCAUUCGAAUCGGAGUCACAAUCCUCGCGCAAAUCUACCAAGCAUUCACGAACUUUGACAACCUGUUCGCUGUGGCUUCUCAUAUUCUAGAUGGAGUGGUUUGGAUUACUUCUUCUUGGCCACUCCAUGUUCUAGCUGCAAUUGCCGUCAUCAUAGGAUUUCGAGCUUGGAUCUCGACUUCUAGACGACUCGAUAUCCUAGCUACUGUCGCCCUUGCGAUAGCCGUUCAGAUUUAUGUUUUGACUUCUGGCCAGGUCAAUACCUUGACAAUAGCUGCCACAUGCAUAGCCCUCAGAGCAUACAUAUCUACCUCUCCUCGCGUCAACGCUAAGCUAUUUAGUGCUGCGUUCUUUGGUGUUGUGAUAUAUGUAUUCAACCCACAACGCCCAGACUUCAUGCCUGUGGCUGCGUUAGUCUUAGGCAUCGGUGCAUAUGUGGUCAGCAAAGACUCGGAUUCUGAGCAAGUCACGGAGCUCCCCCAGCCUUCACGAAUCGCCCCAACACCACUUCCACGGCAAAUCUCUCAAGCCGCAGCGUCAGCAAUAUCAGCAAGCACGAACAAUGUCGCACUGAGGGAAGUGCAAGACCGUCUUUGUACUGUGUGUGGUGACCGCAAGGCACUUUCUCUGUUCCCGAUUCGACCAACAAGAAGAUGUCGACAUUUGCCGAGCAUCUGCGACGAUGACCUCAAAGCAUGGAUAGACUCACAACUUUCAAGCACUAUAUGGGACCGAAUCAGAUGCCCUGGAACAAACUGUAAGGAGCUCUUUCGGCAUGAAGACAUGAAACUGCAUGCCUCGGAGGCGUCAUUUGCACUUUACGAAACACUCCAAAUUCGCUCAACGCUUUCUCAGAUUCCCGACUUUCGCUGGUGUCUCAACCCAACGUGCCGCAAUGGCCAAAUUCAUGCACAAAAUUCUCUCAACCCCAUUCUUACCUGCAAUUCCUGCGGUUACAAAGCUUGCACAAUUCAUAACAUCAAAUGGCACAAAGACGAAACGUGCGAACAAUACGACUAUCGAAUCAGUGGCCGGAAGGCUAGAAGUGAGGAGAGAGCAACGGAGGAGAUGAUCAAGCAGACCACCAAGCGUUGUCCAAGAUGUAAGACAAACAUCGAGAAGGUGGAAGGAUGUGAUCAUAUGACCUGUGUGAAAUGUCGAAUGGGAUUUUGUUGGCUUUGUUUUGUUGAUUAUGAGCUUGUGAGACGGAUUGGCAAUUCGGCACAUAGAGAGUCUUGUCGGCAUCAUACGAGGAAUCUUCGUGGUUGACGGUCAUCUAGAAUGAAGGUUGACACUGCUGAGGGUUAGCCGUCGAUGUUAAAUGGUUUAUGAAGCAUACAUGCUCUAGUAAUUUAUUGAACUCCAAUCCAG